CGGUGUCUUUGCUCGAUACAGAGCUUCAUUCGAAAUGUUUCAAGGUGUUCGGUACACGUCUCGAAGCUCUGAUUGUAAUCGACGGUGAUAGGAUGGAGGAAUACGUUAGAGAGCCUUGUCCCUGGAGGAUUGUGGAUGACUGUGGAGGAGCGUUCACCAUGGGAGCCAUUGGUGGAGGAAUUUUUCAGGCAGUUAAAGGUUUCAGAAAUGCUCCUUCGGGGGUGAGUCUUAGGAUGAGAGGAAGCCUCAAUGCCAUCAGGACCAGAGCCCCACUGCUUGGAGGAAGUUUUGCCGUGUGGGGAGGCCUCUUCUCCAUGAUUGACUGUGGUCUAGUAAAAGUGCGAGGGAAGGAAGAUCCCUGGAACUCAAUAGCAAGUGGGGCCAUGACAGGAGCUAUCCUUUCUGCAAGAAGUGGACCAGUGACCAUGGUCGGUUCAGCAGCCAUGGGAGGCAUACUGCUGGCACUGAUUGAGGGCGCUGGAAUUUUGCUGAAUAGAUUUGCUUCCUCACAGUUCCAACCUGGACCUCAAUUAUCAGAGGAACCCAUGUCCGCUUCCUCUUUUGGAGACUACAGACAGUAUCAAUGAGAGGACUCCUCACUACUUGUACAUUAGGCCUUUUGAAUUCCUGCUGAUGUUACAGAGAAGAAAAGGAGAUAUGAAAUGCCACAUAUACAGCACCUGCACCUAACUCUACGGACUGCAUCGUGAGCGAAGGGCAAAAGACAUUUCUCCAUCGAGAUCCACGUUCAGAUCUGCCUUUUGUCAUCUUCGUCCUUGUUCGAGUGCUCCACCUUAGAUUUAUUACACAUAGAGAUAUGAUAUUUUGCUAGUUUAUACGGUCGAGUUGUUUUGAAUAUGACACACUUGUAAUUUGAUUACUAUUGUAACUAUAUGCAUAUUUGUAUAUACAGUAUAUCCUCUCCAUUUUAUUCACUUCUUGAUCGUUAUUUGCCUUCAUUGUUUCACCUGCUUGGGCUGGUCAUUUACAGCUAGAUGGUGUUUUAAUUGGAUUUUAUUCAGUUAAGAAGGAAGAAAUUCAGUACAGACACCAUGCUAUUCCAAGAACUUUUUAAAAAAUUGGAUUUAAUUA